GAGGUUGCUCAAAAGGAAAGCCCAGUCGAGCUCGAGAACCGUCCGGACGCAUUCGGCCUCCCCAGAUCGAAAGGGAUUUGAUCAAACAGUUGGUGUGCGUCGCGCCGAAACGUUCGGCGACGCCAUGAGAGGGAGCAAAGCGACGGUGCUAACCGUCGGGGAGAAGUGCAAGAGUAUACUAGCGUCGAACUGGCAAGGCCACCUUAGUACCAUCAGAGCCGACGCCACAGGAAGCAAGGGCGACAUACACAGUUCGAAGGUUAAGUAUAUGGUCAAGAGAGGGAAACCCUACAUUUGGAUUCCAGAGAAUGAUAUUCACAAUGUGAACACAGUAAUUGAUGAGCGUGGCUCGUUGGCAGUAGCAACACCUUUCCCAGGUCCGCUGGCUAAUCUACUCAAGUCCCUGAAAAAGUUACCAUCUCGGAUUGCUCUGACCGGAGAUGUUCUUCCUCUUAAGGACCAAAAGGCCCAAUUGGCUUCUGAAAGCCUUAAAGAACUUAUACAGUCUGAAGUGGAAGCAAUUAGGGAGUCCAGUUAUGCAGUAUCUGGUGUCCUAAGUUCGACGAAUCCUGUUUUUACAUCUCGUAGCGAAAACCUUUAUGACUUACUAGAUGAAAGUCAAAAGCACGCCAUCUAUAAGUUUGAUAUAAGAUCAUGCACAUUCAUUGAUAGCAAUGGAGGAACUCAUGAAGUUGAUUUGGAAGUCAUACAAACAUCCAAGACAGAUAUUUUGGCACCCUAUUCGGCCAUGCUUGUUGAUGGAAUUAAUCAAAGUGAAUCAAGGCGAAGAGCACUGGUGCUUUUCUGUUUCACAUACAUGAAUGCACCUGUGAGAGAUGCAUUCAUGCUGUCUCUGGAUCGAAAGGGAUUUGAUAUACUGGGUAAGGUCCCAGGUCCAGCACUGCAGGAUGGUAGUUGGCAGUAUCAAUGGAGGGAAUUUAGAUUCUCCUUCAAGGCAGAGGCACUUGACAUCGAAUCCUUCUGCCAGCAGCUGGUGGAAAUGGAGGAGGAGGCCGUUAAGAAGGUUUCAAGUUACAGUGGCCUUGGAUGAAUUGGAAUUGCCUGCAUAAGUGAUAGACUACCGCAAUGAAAGGGUAGUUUAUAUAUAGUACCGAGGAAGAUUGCAAUAUUUUUCAGGGAGGUCUAGGGAAGUCAUGGCAAUGACAUGCCUGUAUUGCUUAAGUUCAGCUUGCCUGAUAUAAUUUCUUUUUGUUUGAAAAGAAGAAUUAUCUUCUUCCUACUUCGCUUCAUUUCUGCAUAUUAUGGAAUUAUCGAAAGAUUGGGCAAAGUCAACUGCACGCCAAUAUAUUGGACCUGCACUUCUCUA